CUUUCACUGCCAGAGGGAAAGAAAGGAGGCAUUCUUCUCUUCAUCAAAGGCUAUCCACACAAAUCUUCUGGUAUUAUUAUACACAGUAUUAUAUUAUAUUAUCAUAUAUAUUAUUAUAUGCAGUAUUAUUUUAUAUUAUUUUAUACAGUUCCUAAACAAGGGUUUAAGAAUGCAAAACUAAGGGUUUCUUGAAUAAACAAACAAGCAAUGCAAUUGCAAAAUUAAAUUGAAAUAAAACUAUUAUUCCCCCUGCAGUGUAAUUACAUCUGCUCUAAUGUGUGUUGUGAUUUUGUUGUUACUUUGUUGUAACGUUGUUUGUGUAACUCUGCUGGCUAUUGUUUUAACCCCUUCCUCGCCGUUCUAUUGGGGCAUGGAAGGGGUUAGUUCCAGUGGAGGGAGGUGCAUGUUGUUUCAGCCCCUGGCUGGGUAGAGUCACACACCCAUUUGUGGGUUCAGAUCCCUGCAGAGAGUCCAUCAGUCAGCUUGUGCUGUGCUGUCUGAGCUGUGCUCCCAGCAUACUGUUUGCUUGUGAGCUGUAUGCAAAGUGCUGGGACUGGCACCCCUGGGAGAGCUCUGUUUAUUUAGGACUUCAUGGAUCCAAUCAGGACUUGCUGCAGUUUUCAGGCAGAGCUCUAAGAGGCGCCUCCUCCCUCCCUGGGCUGUAAUCAGGUUUAGGAGCCAUCACCACUAGCCACCCAGACCUGCCCUGUGUCUGCCUCACUGGAUCUCUGGACUGAAGUGCGACCCAUGGACUCCACCAGCAGCACACAAUAGGUUUGCUCGAUUUCCUUCUACUGUUAUAAGAGCUGCUCUGUUUUCCUGCUUGUCAGAGCUCCUUCCCUCCUGGUUUGACUGCCUGGAUCCUGGCUGGGAUGGUUUCUGGGGGUCCUGCCUGUGAUUAGGGGCUUCGGGAGGGGAGGGGGGGUAUUGCAGCUUGGGUUGUUACAGCGUUCUGUUGUGGUCUAGUUAACCCCUUGUGGUCCGGUGGAGAAUCCCCUGCUGUUCUUUAUGGUUUUUCCCACACUUAUAACUUGGCUGUGACUUUCUUGGCAGACCCCCCUGGACCCCUAUACACCAUGCCUGUGUCUCUGCCAGACAUGGACCCCUGAAGGUGUGCCAGGAGUUGGCUGUGCUCUUAGGCUGUCGGUGUUGAUAGUGGAUAGUUGCCAUUUACAAGGUGUGUUACAGUAACUGGGUUCUAACAUGUAACCGAAUGCAAACCUUGGGAGGCCCCGAGUAAAUGGUGCCGACUGGCACGGACGUCCUCCUGCUAGGUGUAAUGACUUCUACUCGGUUCCUUCCACCCAAAUAACCGAGUCAGGGAGCCACAGGAGGGGUAAUGGAUUCUGGGUCCCCACAGCCACAGGACAUGGUACCUCUCUGGGUGUGGGCUGGGAGCUAGAGAGGGGCAAUCACCAACUGGAACUAACAAUGUAUUGUCAAACGUGGGCUUCCUUAUUAUGGUUAAUGUCAUUUACUGUGUGUUUUAUUUAAUAUUGCUUGUGAUGUGAGCUUGUUACAUUAUAUCUGUUAUCAGACGUUAAUGGCUUUAUUUACCCAUCCAACAGUGUGAUUACUUAUUAACCCCUAUUGUUUGAGUGAAUCUAAUUAGAUGAACUAAGAUUUUUUCUUUUUAUACUUUAUUGUUUUAAGAGUUUUCCUAACAUUGUUUUUUUUUUUGUCUUUGUUUCUUUUUCUAUCCUGUUUAUAUGGGAUGUCCUUUAAAGGGUACAAGCAGCCCAGCAGCCAUUUCCAUACGGCUGGCAGCACCCAUCCCUGUAAGGCACCCAGCGCCCUCUCCAUUGCAGCCCCCAACCUGGAUGGACCUCCAUGAGGACUCCUGGGCCGAAGUCAAGAGGCUGAAUCCAGGAAGCUCCUUCUACACUUCCAAAAUUAAAGGGACUGACAGCUCUUCCUCAUCCCCCUCUUCCUGUUCCCAAGGAGACCUGAGCUGUAAUAAGACCCAGCAGUUUGAGACGGAAAGGACCGCUCAAGUCCAAGAGGCCAGAUCACCGAACUCUUACCAUCACCACCACCACCACCACCUUGGUCUUUCUCAUCUUUCCUCUUUGCCCAGCCCGGAAGAUCUCAUACUCUUCAGGGAUCUAGACCACAUAAACAAGCUAAUUUUACCCAACAGAGACUCGAGGUUUGGAGGUUUACCUGAGCCCUCAGGGGACAUGUAUCAGACAUUGACCAUCACAGCUGCCCAAGGGCCAGUGGGCUAUGAAAGUUCUCCAGCAAGCUUCAUGCACUCCUCAGCCAGCUCUCCAGUUUAUGUCCCCACCACCAGGGUAGGCUCCAUGCUCACCAGCAUCUCCUACCUUCAGGGGACAGGGGCCUCUCAGGGCACACACUCUGUGAACAAUCACUCUGUAUGGUCACAACCAACCUCUGAGAGCCCCUCAUACAACAGCAGCAGCCCCCACCCCUCCAAUAGAUACCAUUAUUCUCCAAGUCCUCCCAUUGCCAAUGGUUCCACCAGGGAUGGUGGCUACAGCAAUGGUCUCAAUGUGAAUGGCAGAGAUCAGUAUACACCUUUGACCCGGUCUUUUAAUGGAUCCUAUCCCAGUCAUUACUCGCCUUACAUGACCCCACCGUUGACUUCAGCAUGGUCAACAGGGCAUUUCGAUAGCCCCAUGCUCCACAGCCUGCAAGGUAGGCCAUCGCCUAUCCAAAUGAGAGGAGCAGUUGGAGGUAAGGACCCAAGGAUGGUGGAAAUAUACAGUGAAACUGGGGAGAAUGGGUUAACUAAAUAUGUCAUGUGCACUAAUAAUUAUUUUGAUUUACAAGGAUAUGCAUUUAAGAACGUGAUAUUCACAAAAAGACCCUCUAUAUACGUUACAUUUUAUUACUGUAAGUUCACUCAAUACUUCGUAGUGAGAAAUCUAAAACAGACAUAUUUCACCCUGUGUAUACUUUAAGGUAUGUAAGGUAUUUAAUGUUCUGCAUUGGUUCAGCCCUGGACAAACAGAACAAACAGGGCUAGGUUUGCCCUCUGCUGUUACAGGACUACAACUCCCAUGAUUCUUUUACAUCAUUUAGGGUACACUUCAGUCUGGCAAAGCACCAUGGGAGCUGAAGUUCUAAAACAGCAGGAGACCUUCCUAUUGGCUAACCAUAGGAGAUAAGAUACAGCAGCCUGCAGGGUGCAUUAGGCGAUAUGAAUGAGACACAAUGCAUAAUUAAUUUCCAUCUAAACGAUACAGUUAAUGUUUUGCAAACAUUCCAGCUGCACAGGGGUUAAUUAGACAAUGUAUCCUGACUAGUUCACGGUGAUUCAGGGUUUAGCAGUUAUAGUGAUAAUUAUAUUACGUUCACUUAACAAACACUUCAAAGGGAGAUACCUUUAAAUUGGAUUCUCUGUGCACAGGGCUCAUCUUACUUAGAUCAGAUACAAAGAUCAAAUGCAAUACAGUGUGAUCUAAUCACUAAACAGCAGAAAUAGAAAAAAAAAAUAUCUUAAGAAUCGGAUAAAUUUGUCUUUAAUUUUCAAAGUCAAUUCUCAGGUCGCCGAACCUCGCUGUUUAGUAAAUAAAAACCGUGUGUGACACAGGUGUAUAAUGAUUUGUUACCAAUAUCUACUAUUCUAUAAUCUGUAUUUAUUGAGGAAAAGACAAUUGGCAAUGUAGGUUGUAAUAGAGAAGUACCAGUGAUAGUGGGAAAUGUUAUGAGAUAUUUACUCUAGUGAUAUAAUUCUCUCCAGUUCCCUUUCUCAUCUAUACACUCUAUGUGCCAGUGUAAGAGGAACUGUUUUUGACAAUUGAUUUUAUCACAGGGUCUUCAUAGAGUGUCACAUGGGGUGUGUGGGGGAGGGGGGAGAGGGGGUAUUUGUCACCGGUGUGAGUGUGAAUCCUUUAGUAAAUCCUAUUACCUUAGUACAAGGUACAUGAACAAACAAGCACAGUCAGACUGCACUGGGAUUUUUAGAAUGUGAUUUUAUUCAUUGUAUAUUUGCUUGAGGUUUGAAUUAAGUGAGGAGGUUGUAUAUUUGCUUGAGGUUUGAAUUAAGUGAGGAGGCCUAUAAGAAAUAUUGUGUUGGAUAAUAAUAAUAAUAAUAAUUGCAUUAUUAUCAUUAUUAUUAUUAUUACUAUUAUUAUUAUAUAGAAUUCGAAUCUUGCACAAUAGAAGUGACUGAUACAUUUGUGACAUUUAUUUUAGAGAUUAUAUUCUGUGGUCAGAUGUUUUAUAAAAUGUAAUGAAUGGACUCCAUAUAUGAAUUGGAAAAUGAAGAGGCUAGAUAGGAAAUAAUUCUCAUUUUGUGCCCUUACGUGUGUUGUUUUUCUGCAGUCAGUGUUUCAGUGUGUUUGUGGCUGUGGGCAGUGUGUGUGAUGGGGCCUUCUCAAUGAGACCAUAUGGCAAAACUUCAAGCUUUCUAUAAGUGCACAGUAUUAGAUUUACAUGUAACCAAUUGAGCUGAGAAUACAAUGAAGUUUAGUCUUUUAUGGUGUUUUACAUGGGGAGCACUGGUGUAUGCUGUAUUUAAAAUUAAUAUAUGUAAAAAUAUAUGUAUAUUUUCAUUGGGCAGUAAGUAUCUCCAAGAUUAUCCAAAGAUUUCAGAAAAACACUGCACGUCGAACUGUAGCGAUUUAAAAUUCGAUGUAUUUGUUUGUUGCACCAUUAAGGCUGAAAUAGCUAAGUUGUGUCUAAACGUUGUUGGAGAUUUUUUUUCCAAGCGACCAAAUUUGGUCUAAAUGUUGCAGUUUGCUUUGCAGUUCUCUAGAAUUCGUUUUUAAAAUGCUGCAUCCUGAUAUUGAUCAAUAUGUGGGAUAUAAAAGUCUGCAAGUGCUCUGUGGGUUAAUUAUCUUAAAUUUUCACUACAUUGUAUUACUGAGUGUCAUUAAUCUACAGAUGAAGAAUUUGAUCAUUAAUGUUUUGUACACUCUUUAUGGACUUUAGCUAUUAUAGACAAGUCUCUUAUGGUCAAAUCAGAAAUUCCACAUGUCAUAUAUCCAACAUCUACUAUGGUCUGUCUGUCUGUCUGUCUGUCUAUCUAUUUCUGUCUGUCUAUACCCCUUUCCCCCAUUACUCUGAGGACAGUAAAUGCACAGAUUACAUAGCCCUCUUAAAUAGGACCAAAGCAUGUUUGUUUUUCACUGUCAAACCCUUUUUUCACCAAUGAAGUAAUGUGAGCUUAUUGUAUUAGCCUGUGGAAUGCUAACUGUUGGUGUAUGAAUGUAUCCUUAAUACACACACAGUGGUACAGAGAGAUUUAAAGCACUUUCUGUUUGGGGGUGUCUAAAUAAUGUAAUACUCAGCUCGUCUUUCAGGACUUGACAGCUUACUCCAAACAAACAUAAACCGAGUAAUAUCUUCAACAGCACAGUAUUUCGAUGCUCAGAUUGAGUGACUGUUGAAUAAAUACUAACAGCAGGUGCCCAUAUGGACAGAGCGCCCCCUGCUGUCAGACCUAAUAUACCCCAAAUCUGCUGGUGUAUCAUUGUAAAAACCAUGUGCAGGUAAAGAUUGAUGGGUAAUAUAUUGAUCACUGCCAUAGACAUGCAGACACUUGUAACACAAACAAGGAUAAAUAAACCCUCUCUCUUAAUCUAUCUAUCUAUCUAUCUAUCUAUCAUCCAAUCCACUCCUUAAGUCCAUCCAUUAUCAUUAUUAUUAUUAUUUAUUAUUAUUAAGCGAAUUAUUUAUUAUUUUCUGCUAUUUAAAAGCAAACGAGCAAUACAGCAUUCUGACACAGAUAGAUAAAAACUGUAUAACUAAGCUUUAGAUAAAAACUAUUAAAAUGACCAAUAAUAUACAGAAAUGUAAUAACACUGCCUUAAAUUAGUAGGGAUUACUAUAACUAAAUUAAUUAAAUUCAAACCCCCCAAACAAUGUAUCACCAACUCAGCUAUUUUAAUCAGGAUUUUGCAAGUCAAUUUUUCAGCCCACAAACAACUAGGGAAUAAGCCUCUAAAAUGUAAUUUAAUUAUCUCGAAUCUAUACAUGUUUAUCCAAUUAUAAUCCUGAAAAAAUAUAUAUUCCCUGUUGGAAGGUAAAUAAAUGUAAUCUCAAAAAAAAUAACAAGGGGUGGUUAAACAUUAUUAUUAUAAUUAUGAAUAUUAUUACCUAUAUAGUGGUUACAUUUUAUACUUCACUAAAAUGUUUAUUCCAGGUCCCCCAUACCCCAGAGUCAGACACAGGACAGAGUUUUGAUACUUGUUUUGGCAAUAAUAGCCAUAGUGCAUUAUAUUCCGUUAAUGUUUGCCAGUACGGUGAAAAAUCUUUUUUUUUUUUCGUUUUAUGACAUGAAAGGUCAACUUCUUGUAAAUCUGCUAAGCUUUUAAAGUUUAGAAUUGUUAUUUAUACCCAUUAGUCAUUACACUAAAUUGUGCAAUAAAAUAGAGACUCAUACAGAGCCUGACGGAUGACUGUUUAACUAUACUGUCCUUGAAGUGUCAGGGACUUUAUGGAUUGCAAAAGUACUUGGUUAAAAUAAAGACUAAAGAAAAGUUACCAGGUGCAUAGUAUAUGGCUUGUGUGUGCAAAGUACAUAAACACUGUGUGCACUAUAUUGUGCACUAUAUUUCUCCUUUUUAUUUAAAUGAAAGCGUAGUUUAAUUAUAUAAAACAUAAAUAAGAAGAAAUAAAUAAAUACAAACUGCCCAGGUAAUUUGAUAGAUUUUAUCAUUUAUUUGUAAAACAAAAAUAUCAUGGUUGGUUUAUACAUAUGUUAGUUAUGAAUGAUAAUAAGUCAAAGUUAAACAACAUGUGAAUAGUCAGAGUUUGACAUCAAUUUUGCAAAAUAUAGGCCAACAUAUUCCAAAUUCGGAUGAAUUUUUUUAUAAUUCGGCUAUUUUUAGUUUAAAUAUUGCAAGUUGGUCCUUAAAACCACAAAUCACUGUUUAGUAUAUAGUCUUCGUUGACUGCUUUGUGUAUACUUAAAAUUUUUACUCAAAUUGAUUUCUGAGCUGAUUGAUAGUUUUUUCCAUCAUAUUUAAAUUCUAAAUUAUGUGUGUUACAUUGUUAUCACUUAUUGUAUUCGAAAACCAAUGCAUUUUGUAGACGAUAUUCACAUGUUUUAAAUGAUAAAUUAGUCAUAUUAUUAGACAUUCCUUAUAUUCAUCACGAUUAAAUCAUUUUAAUAAAAGUACUAAUAGCUGCUAGUAUUAUUUUUUUAUAAAUAUUUUUGAGUAGUCUGAUUCAAAUCCUAAAAAUAUCAGUUUUUAUUCUUUCAUUACCUGUGCGUCGAUUAAAUACAAAUCCCGUAGUGCCAAGCAAAAAUGUAGGUAUACUUAUAUUGGCUUAAUUUAAAAUGACUUUAAUUAUUUUAACGUAAAUCUCAGACAAUAUUGAUCGAAAUGGGAUCUGAUCUGUUAUUUUCAGAGCAUGUAAUAUAUUUUAAUGUCAGAUUAAUAUUUACUAUAUAUAUAUAUAUAUAUAUACUUUAUAUAUUUUGUGUCCCAGAGACCUUUCGAGGUUGUAACUUAUCACAAUGAUCUCAUGCUCAUUUUAAUUUUAAUUAAUCAAUUACAUAAUUAAUAUAUCCACUCUAUUUUUUUUUUUUUUUUAAUGGAGUUAUGCCAUUCUUGUUAAUGGACGUAAAUGGCAACGUCAUAAAGGAGGGGGGCAGUACUUUGAAAAAAAACCCCCAAACAUUAAAUAAUUAAUUAAUAAUAUAUACAUACACGAUAAUAUAAUAAUAAAUAAAUACAUUAUAUACAUAGAAAGAUUAGUUAUAUAUUUUUCCAAUUUAAACUUUUAGUGUUUUAAUUACAUUAACAAAAUCUUCAAAACAUCAACAUCAUACAAAUCAAAUGAUGAACCAUAGUUCUGGUUAUUCACCAAAAUAUGAGUUGUUGCAAAUUAAAGGUGCAUUUCAAAUUUCACGAAAUAAAAAAAAAAAAAAAAGCCAUACCUGACUUUGGGAAUUUUCCCAUCAAUUCCCAUUUUCGUUAAUAAGCCAGAGUGGCAUCGAAAGUUUAACGACUGAGCUGAUAACCGACACGGUUGUUUACUAAAGUGAGAAUUGUCGGGAAUUCAAAGUGAAUGCCACAUUUUAGAUCAAAAUAUGGAACCUAAAAACAGAGCUAAUUUAUUGAUUUUUGUCCCUCAUUGCAGCUAUUUUAUUCUGUAAUUUGAAAUUUACUUUUUAUUCAAUCUGAAUUCACAACAAUUCACCCUUUAGAAGAUAGAUGUGAUUAUAAUUUCAGAACAAAAAUCAGCAAAUGAUAUUAUAUACUGUGAAAUAUUAUAUACUAUAACAUGAUAUACGAUCUACUAUGAUAUAAUAAAUGCUGCCAUAUGGAAUAUCAGAUACAGGAGGGAUAGGAUGGACUUAACUGAUUAGAUUUAUAUAUUUUGAGAUCAGUAAUUAUUUAUUUAUUAUAUUUAUUUUUAUUGUUUUUUUCUGACAGAAUAGCGCCUCUAUUUAUUUUAUGUUUGUCUCAAUAAUUAAUAAAUGGGUUAUACGCUCUAUUAUAAAGCCAGUUCGUGAUAGAAAAAUAUACCUGGAGUUAAUGGGGGUCUAUCCACUAUAUAUGGUCAGUUGAAAAAAGACAUUUGAUUUGCAAAGCAAUACUAAGCAAUAGAGAAACCUAUUUUUACGCUCUGUUACUCGAAGUAUUGCAAAUCGGCGGUCUGUUCAACGCAGCUCAGCAGGCAGGGGAUAUACACUAAACCCCGAAUGACAGCGAUCUGACAACAAUUCUAGAAUUUGGGUUAAAACAGCUGAGAUAUAAAUAGAGCUGAGUUGGAGAAUUGUUCUAGAUAAGCCGUCCUGGGUUAUUUUGAGAAUUCAAAGUAAAUUUCAAAUUUUAGGCCAAAGUGUCCGAUCUGGUAUUAUAUACAUAGGAGAGAAUAUUUCCAAUUCGGUUAAUUUGGCCUGAAAUUUGAAAUUGAUUUCGAAUUCACGCUGAAUUCGAACUACAGUGAUUUUGACAUUCGGAUUUAAAUUCGAUACAUUUCCUAAUACAUCCCAAUAUGAAAUACAAAUUUAAAGCAGAAAGCUGCAUUGCACCUGCUGGUGAGGUGUAAUUAUGUUUUAUUUAUAUGAUUUAAAACACAUCAGUAUUAUUAUACUUAUUUAAAUACAAAUGCUUUAGUAAGUAUAGAUAUACUAUUGCCAUUGAUGGCCUUUAAAGCUAACAAAGGACCAAUUAUCAUUAUAUAGAAAUAACAUUAUUGUUAUAGCCUUAACGAAUAUAAAUAUAAUCUGCCAUAUACCAUAUGUUUUGUGGUUUGAUUAUUCUGUACACAGUAUAUAGCCAGGGUGUAUCAGGUAUUGUAAGAAUGUUGCCUGUUGGUUUUGAACUUUAUUAUCCAUUUAAACUAUAUGUUCUAAUAUGGAAUGAUCAGAACCUGGCUAAUAUUUGCUGCCAUAUAUUCUUUAUGAUUAUGUUGUAAAUAAAUUCUGUCUUCCUUGUGUAUUUAGUUUUGCCAUCAUACAGUAGAUAUUAUGGUUCAGUUGCUUUCUGUAUUAAUUGCACUAUGUGCAUGAAUAUUAUUAUAUAUGUACUUUGUGUAUGGAUAUAUUCUAUGAAGGAGUUUUGUGUGCCUGUGUGGCUAUGAGUAAAUUGAUAUUAAAUGUAUGGGUAUGGAUAUUACAUGUAUGGGUAACAAGUACAUAUAUAUUAUAUGUAUUAGCAAUAAGUAUAUGGAUAUUAUAUGUAAGUGUAAUAAUUACAUGGAUAUUACAUGUAUGGGUAACAAGUACAUAUAUAUUAUAUGUAUUAGCAAUAAGUAUAUGGAUAUUAUAUGUAAGUGUAAUAAGUACAUGGAUAUUACAUGUAUGGGUAACAAGUACAUAUAUAUUAUAUGUAUUAGCAAUAAGUAUAUGGAUAGUAUAUGUAAGUGUAAUAAGUACAUGGAUUUUACAUGUAUUGAUAAUAAGUACAUAGAUAUUAUAUGUAUAAGUAAUAGGUACAUAGAUAUUAUAUAUAUAAGCAAUAGGUACAUAGAUACUAUUAUAAGUAUGGGUAAUAUAUACAUGGAUAUUACAUGUAUGAGUAAUAAGUACAUGGAUAUUACAUGUAUGGGUAAUAAGUACAUGAAAAUAUUAUAUGUAUGGGUAAUAAGUACACAGAUAUUAUUAAUAUGUACAAAGACAUUAUAUGUAUAAAUAAUAGGUACAUAGAUAUUAUUACAUGUAUGGGUACUAAGUACAUGGAUAUUACAUAUAUGGGUAAUAAGUACAUAGUUAUAUAUUAUAUGUAUGGGUAAUAAGUACAUGGAUAUUACAUGUAUGGGUAAUAAGUACAUGGAAAUAUAUGUAUGGGUAAUAAGUACAUGGAUAUUACAUGUAUGAGUAAUAAGUACAAGGAUAUUACAUGUAAGGGUAAUAAGAACAUGCAUAUUAUAUGUAUGAGUAAUAAGUACAUAGAUAUUAUAUGUAUGAGUAAUACGUACAUGGAUAUUACAUGUAUGGGUAAUAAGUACAUAGAUAUUAUUAUAUGUAUGGGUAAUAAGUACAUGGAUAUUACAUGUAUGGGUGCUAAGUACAUGGAUAUAUAUUAUAUGCAUGGGUAAUAAGUACAUAGAUAUUAUUAUAUGUAUGGGUAAUAAGUACAUUGAUAUUAUAUGUCAGGGUAAUAAGUACAUAGAUAUUAUUAUAUAUAUGGGUAAUAAGUACAUGUAUAAUACAUUUAUGGGUAAUAUAUAUUAUAUGUAUGGGUAAUAAGUACAUGGAUAUUACAUGUAUGGGUAAUAAGUACAUGAAUAUAUAUUAUAUGUAUGGGUAAUAAGCACAUAGAUAUUAUUAUAUGUAUGGGUAAUAAGUACAUUGAUAUUAUAUGUAAGGGUAAUAAGUACAUAGAUAUUAUUGUAUGUAUGGGUAAUAAGUACAUGUAUAAUACAUUUAUGGGUAAUAUAUAUUAUAUGUAUGGGUAAUAAGUACAUGGACAUUACAUGUAUGGGUAAAAAGUACAUGGAUAUAUAUUAUAUGUAUGGAUAUUUGCCAUGUAUAUCAUGUAUACAGAUAUCUGUUUUGGUAUAUUAAUCCCUCCAAGUCAGGUCAGGUCAGGAACUUUGUGUAUGACAACACCCCGCAUGAGUCUAAUGGUCUCGCCCUUUCCUUCCAGAUGUACUGGACGAGAUGCCAGAGAGCAGGGAGUGUGUGAACUGCGGCUCAGUGCAGACCCCCCUUUGGAGACGGGAUGGCACCGGCCACUAUCUGUGCAAUGCCUGUGGGCUGUACAGUAAGAUGAAUGGGCUGAGCCGGCCCCUUAUCAAACCCCAGAAGAGAGUGGUGAGUAAAGCAGAGCCAGCCAUCCUGAAUAACAAGGAGGCACUCCCCAAAUCACAUGUUCCCAUAGCUGGGCUGUGUCAGGUACCACAGGCUCAUACAGGCAGAGUACAGACACAGCAUUCUGAGCAAUGAUUGUACCCAGCAAAGAAAUGAGAAUACACUGUAUUCUAUUCUAUAACAACGUUUAUUGACUGAAUAAUACUGACAGUCUACUAAAGUAGCACUGACAAUUAUUGCAAUAUAUAUAUAUAUUUCUACUAUAGAGAGCCUACUGUAUCACAGCCACAAUAACACUGCCAGUAUAUAAUAAUUUAACCACUUGAUAUGCCAGUCACAAUAAUACUACCACUGUAUAUUAAUAUUACCACUUGAUAUAUCAGUCACAAUAAUACUACCACUGUAUAUUAAUAUUACCACUUGAUAUAUCAGUCACAAUAAUACUACCACUGUAUAUUAAUAUUACCACUUGAUAUACCAGUCACAAUAAUACUGCCACUGUAUAUUAAUAUUACCACUUGAUAUACCAGUCACAGUGAUACUACCACUGUAUAUUAAUAUUACCACUUGAUAUACCAGUCACAAUAAUACUACCACUGUAUAUUAAUAUUACCACUUGAUAUACCAGUCACAAUAAUACUACCACUGUAUAUUAAUAUUACCACUUGAUAUACCAGUCACAAUAAUACUACCACUGUAUAUUAAUAUUACCACUUGAUAUACCAGUCACAAUAAUACUACCACUGUAUAUUAAUAUUACCACUUGAUAUACCAGUCACAAUAAUACUGCCACUGUAUAUUAAUAUUACCACUUGAUAUAUCAGUCACAAUAAUACUACCACUGUAUAUUAAUAUUACCACUUGUAUCAUAAUGAUACUGCUAUUAUUUAUUCUAGUACUUACUGCAGCAUAGCCACAAAGACAUUGACUCCGUGGAAUAACCAUGAUAAAAGCAGCUCUUAAUGUAACAUGCAGCCACACAGGCUGACAAUUUAUAUGCAUUUUAAUCUUACUGUACCAUCAAACAGCAGUCCCCACAAACACAUCAAAAAAAAAAAAAAAAUAGUCUCGCUUCCCCCUAGAUAAUGUAACAGUUUGUUUCUCAUUGUGAAUGCAUAUGCUUGCUGGUGGUAUUUUCAUUGUUUUAGAUUGGGGUUGUAAUGAACCAUGCACUUUGAUUGUAAUGAGGAUGCUGUUCCGUCUAUAAAGCUGUGUCACUGUGCUCUGCUGAGUACAAUUGCAGGCAGCACAAUUUAUCUAGGGCCUUGUCCUCCACUUGUGACAAAUAGCUGUCAGAAAGGCAAUCAGACACAGCCUAGGAACUUGGGUAUAGAGAAAUGGUAAAAGCCAUAAUUCACCACGUCUCAUAUGGGCCAGGCCUUUUUCUCCAAUGUGGAAAAUCAUGGAACAUCUCUCACCACUGUUGUAACAAGUUGAUUUGGUAUCAUAACACUGACAAUAAUACAUAGUAACAUACACAUAUAUUAAAUAAAAGACAAAGAUCAUUGACAGAGGUCAGUUAGAGAUUGCUGCAGAAACCUUUAAAUGGAUAAGCACCAUAACCACUGUAUAUCAUCAGCAGACUUUCUCAGCCAAGGAAGAUUGUCCAAAGCUGCAUAAAAUUAAUGUGGGAGUAUGAACUUCUGCGGUAGCAUAUCCAUGCCAUCCAGUAGGUCCUCUGGAGCCUAACAGAGCCCAAUAAGUGUCAGACUGAUAAAUGGCACCAAUGCACAGCGCCAGGGGACUUGUAGUGGUUAUGGUGCUUAGAUUGCCUAUUUAAUUGAAAGAAAUACCCUUCCUUCUGCAAUAUAACAUAACUAAAUCUGUAGUAGCGAAUGAGUUAAUGUCUUUGAACACCAUCUCUUACUCUUAUCAUGAAAGGAACACACACAACUCAUAAAUCUCUAUUUGGUUUAUUAUAUGGUUGUUUUUGCUAUAUAUGACUGCUGUACCUUGGAUACAGACUGCUGGAUGUAGUCAUAAAGAGCUUAUUUGAACCAUGGACCUUGAUUCCAGAAAUUCACAUUUAGUUUGAGAACAGAUUAAGAAGGGAUCAUUCAUUGUCAUCGUUCAUGUUCCAUUUAUGACUGUGUCCUGCAAGGCAGGCUGUAUAGUUUAAUUGAGGGGGUACAAACACAGUUAAUAUACCCAUGAGAACUCCAGUGUAGUGUGCAAUAUACUACAAUACAUUACGUAAGAUAAUAAUAUUUAUAAUAAACCAUAAAGAUGAGAUUAUGGCUUUUUUUCUUCUUACAAAAUCCUCUUUUUUUAUCAUUAGAUCCUGAUAAAAGUAUAUAUAAAAUGAAAUAGAUAGACUAUGGAAUAAAUUACAUUUUCACUAUGAAUACUAUACUAAAUAUAAACUGUGAGACAAUAACAAGGAUAUUGCAAACUUUAAACCAUAAUAAUCAAGUUUUACAAUUUUUCCAAAAACUGUUGUUUAAAUCAAAAAUAUAAUAUAUUUAAUACAGGUAGUUCAGUUUUAAUCAAAUGUCACUGUGGGGUACAGGGAUUUUGUCUAAAUGUGACAGAAAUAAGUGCUUUCUUUAUGACUUCAUUAUUUUUCAUUUAGCCUCCCUAGGCUUGAAAUAAACAUUAAUCUGGAUGUUAUAAUCCAUCUUCUCCAUGUAUUUUAUCACUCGCCUUCCUUUUUAACCUCCUUCACUUGGGUCUUUAAGAUGACCUUGUCCUAUUUAUCUCAGCUGAUCUGUGGGUUAUAAUGACCUUGACAUUAACACUUUGCAGACCCACAUAUUCAGAUAAUUGAUUUAAUUUAGGGUCUUGCUAUGGACUGUUUAUUAGGGUCUUGAUAUGGAGUGUAUUAUGUUCCACCUGAGUUGCUGAAACUUCAUGAAUAAAUGUUUACAAGAAGAGAACAAACAAUCUGUGCAUCUAUAAUAGGCAUAGGCAACCUUUGGCACUCCAGGUGUUUUGGACUACACCUCCCAUGAUGCUUUGCCAGUAUUAUGGAUGUAAGAGCAUUAUGGGGGAUGUAAUCCACAACACCUGGAGUGCUGAAGGUUAGCAGGGAAUGCCUAAUGUUCUUUGAGUUACCUCCAUAAACAUUAUAAUCAUAUUUAGUGAUGCUGGACAACUUGUAUGAGUUUUUCACCAACCUGAAUUGUGAUUUUAUGGACAUUAUGCUUCAAUCUGGGCCUAAAUGUAUAAAAUUGGCCAACUUGUUUUUUAAAAUAUGACCCACAUUUUACCUCAUGGUUUAUCUUUCUGAGAGCUCAGAAAUAUAUUGGUUACCAAGGCUCCUAGAUGUAAGGGUCUGGAUCUCACCUAUCACUUAAUUUAUAUAGGAUUAGCAGCAUAGUAGUAUUCUGAUAAGUGGAGAAAAUACCUGAAACAACACUAACUCUAAAAUUAUUAAUACGGCAUAUAGUCAAACUGAUAAAAAAAAAUAUAUAUCAUUCUAAAAAAACAAAAAACACAACAGCGACUUGUAAUACUUAGUAAUUGUGGAAAAUAUACUUCAUGGUUUAAUAAUUAAUAAGGCUUUGUGUACAUAUUUGCAUUUAGUUUGCAUUUUUUUUACCUCGUCUUAGGAACGCAUUGUUUGGGUGUUUGCUAUUUUAAAUUGCUGCUCCGUGCUGUAAAUUUGCCUUUUGUUUUAUAGUAUUUCUGUUCUGAUAAUAUUUUAUAUCUAGAAAUGAAAAAAGAUGACUUCAAUGUGCAAAUUAUUUACAUGAUUUCAUUGUAUUUUUCUUUAGCCUUCUUCAAGGAGGAUUGGCUUGGCCUGUGCCAACUGUCAUACCUCUACGACUACGCUUUGGCGCAGAAACACAGAAGGGGAACCAGUGUGCAAUGCUUGUGGGCUGUACAUGAAACUGCAUGGGGUAUGUAUGCCAUUCAUGUUUUGCCAUCAUCUGUCAAACAUACAACUAAUAUAUAUAUAUAUAUAUAGAAAAGAAAAAAUAAGUUUAGAAAAAAUUUCAAAUACCCUGCUUAUAUUUCCACAAUUAUCAGAGCAGUGAAAGAAUCUCAAUGUGAAAAGGUCACAGCAAAUCGUACAAAUAACCACUAGAUGAUUGUAAGACUAUUUGAACCCAUGUCUGAUCAUUUCUGUUUGGAAAACAGGCCAAAUAAAUUGUUAUGGAAAUAUAUUAACGCAUAGUAUACCUUACUAUCUUUAUGUUAUUUUAUAGAUAACCAGUCUCACAUGGUGCAGUCGUUAUUAACUGCAUACAGAUAAUUAUCCUAAUAUAGCAUGCAAUUAAAAGAGAAACUGUCACCUCGAAACUGUUUGAUCUAAUAAUUCUUUCAUCACAUUUUGAAAAUAAAUAUUUAGAAAAAAAAAAAGAAUUAUAUGUAAAAAAUGAGAAAAAUGCAUGCCUACCUUUAGUAUAUGGCAGGAUCUAUCACAUAUACCUUGGUUAAAUCAGUGUGAGAAAACCAACAAUUAGUCUCUAUCGUCUUUCCUGCUUCACUCUCUACACCACUCAAUGCUCGGAAGCAGGGAAGACCAUAGAGACUAACAGUUGGUUUUUAAAGAUUGUCUGACCCAAGGUACAUGUAUAUGGCUGAGGAAUCUUGUCAUAUACUAAAGGUAGGAAUGAGUAAUUGUCAUUUUUGUUACAUAAACUUAAAGGGGCACUAUAGUCACCAAAACAACUUUAUCUUAAUAAAACAGUUUUGGUGCAUAGAUCAUGCCUCUGACAUUUAAUUGCUCAAUUCUCUGUCAUCUUUGAGCUAAAUUACUUUUGUUUCUGUUUAUGCAGCCCUAGCCACACCUCCCCUGACUGUGACUCACACAGCCUGCAUUAAAAAAAUGGUUUCAUAUUCAAUCAGAUGUAACUUACUGAUUUUAUCUCCUGCUCCAUAAAUUUAACUUUAAUCACACACAUGAGUCUCUUGCAGGGUCUAGCAAGCUUUCAACAGAGCAGGAGAUAAGAAAUUCUACAUCAAAACAGAAUUUGCAAUAAAGGAAGUUUAAGCUUUAGAUGUCUCUUUACGGGAAGUGUUUAGGAAUGAUGCAGGGAGGUGUGGCUAAGGCUGCAUAAACAAAGUGUUUUAACGCCUAAAUGGCAGAGAAUUGAGCAGUGAGCCUGCAGGGGCAUGAUCUAUACACCAAAAUGAAUUCAUUAAGCUAAAUUUGUUUUGGUAACUAUAGUGUCCCUUUAAUUUAAACAAAAAAACUAUUUCUUUUCAAAACUUGAUGAAAGGAUUAUUAUAUUAAAAUUAUAUUAAAAUAUGAAAUAAAUAGUUUUGAGGUGACUGAUGUCCUUUAAUAUACAUGUGAUAUACCUCCUAUGUUUUGAAUCUUGAGUCUUAGGGCAUACAGUUGUAUGUUUUAAUUUAAUUUAUUUUUAACACUGUGCCUGCAGGCAAAUAUACAGUCAACAGCUAGUAGUGUGGUUUAUUUAUUUUAGGAAUAGUUUGAGAAUUACUGGAUCAGCAAUUCCUUAAUAUUUGUCCUUAACAUUUGUAUAUAUCGGAAUAACUUUAUACAUUUGGAUGUACUAUGAGUUUUACUUUAAUACACAUAAAAAAGUCAGUUUAAUCAAACCAAAGCUGUUCGAGCUUGGUUUGCUAGUGUAGAUUUAGCCAUUAGUAAUUAUUCCCUUUAAGGAUGGGUAGAAAAAAGGAUUUCAAAUGUAUGUGAUCUACAUUUCCUAAUAAUGAUUAUGCAUUGUUUAUACUAUGGGAAGGUGUAACAUUUACAUUCAUUUUCCUGCAGGUCCCACGACCAUUGGCGAUGAAGAAGGAAGGUAUUCAGACAAGAAAGCGUAAACCAAAAAACCUUAACAAAUCAAAGUCCUCUUCUAGUAACGGUAUGUAAAAUAAUGAACACUACCUUAGAAAAUGCAGUGUUAGAUGCUAGGCUAUGGCCUAUUAUUACGUUCACAUUUAAACUCACCAUGAGGUAGUUCACAAAGCAGCUUGCUGAGCUGACUCUGAAUGUAAGUACUCAGCUCAGUGUGGUCAGAGUCAAAAUAUAUAGACAACAAAUAUAAACAAUUAUUCAAGAAAUUCUAAAUUUUGAAAAUUUAAAAUCUGAAUCACAAAAUUGAAGUUUAAAUUGCCAGAUUGUAUUCAUAGCUGAGAUGAAGAACUUUUCCAAAUCUGCUAUUUAAUAACUUUCACUACAGUUCAGGUUUUAUUGAAUAACCUAGUUAACGUGCGUAUGAUAGAGUAGUGUGGAGAGCAUGACAGGCAUGUCUUAUGUUCUAUUAUGGUGACCACUUUCAAAUAGUCAGUUCUUCUUGUUCAUGUGGAGGAUAGGCAUGUUUUUGCCUUACAGUUUUUACUCAUACUAACAACUAAAUAUUUAUGAUAUAUUAUAUAUUUGUUUUCAGGUACCAGCAGCCACCAAGUACCCAUGACUCCAACUUCCACCACAUCAUCCACAAACUCUGAUGACUGUGGUAAGAAUGGUUCUCCCAUUAACAAUCAAAGCACGGCUUCUGAGGUAUGUGUCUGCUUGAUAGCUGGUAAACAGAAUGCCAAGUGUUUGUUAUCUUUUAUCAUUAUCAUCUUAUCUAGGUUAUCUAUAAUGUUAUCUCUACAUAUCUUUAAAGGUCCCACUGUCUGUCAUAACACAUUGAUCAAAUAUAACGAGUUCAUUUUGCACGUGUGUUUUUACGUUGCUACGAGUGGUAAGAAUUUUUGAGUUUUAACUAGGGAGUCAGAGAUAGUAAAUUAGUGUAUACAAAAUAUAGGGGCAUUUCGUUUGUAAAAAAUCAUUAUGUACCUGACCUCCAACUUAUCUGCUUCUUCUGAUUUCAAUCCUUGUGGUGAAGUGGAAGGUGAAAUAGCUUUGUUCUUUUGUUGUCCCAUAAUCCACUGCUAUGGUGCCAUUCAGAGUGUAUCCUGACAAGAAGUAUCAGGAUUUGUCAUCAUAUAUAAAACACUUCAUCAUUAAUCUUAUCUGCAUGUAUUUUCCUUAAAGGGAACUUAUAGUCCCAAAAAUAAUAAUAGUAUUUUCGGGACUCUAGACUCACUUCUGUCCUCCUCAUUGGAUUAAAAAAAUUAAUAUAAGGAAAGAUUACUGGCUAAAUUUCCAGCACUCUGACUCUUUCCCGCUGCAGCUGCCCGCUCCAUCUUGGAAGACGCCAGCAUGCCUGCUGAAUUCUUCCAUGAUCAGCUGUAAUUUGAUGCUUAUCAUAGAGAAGCAAUGAAUUGGAACUAGGCAUGUGCGACCAGUUACUGAGCACCUCCAAUCAAGUGCUGCUGUUAGCAGUAUUUGAUUCCAAGACUGAUUUUACUUUGUUCUGGAGAAGGAAGCAACUCUUGUGGCUGCCAUUUUCUACAAAACUGCAAUGUUUUACAUUGCUUGGUUAAAAUCCCAGAGAGGGCCACUGCACCUAAACCACUUCACUAAAAUUAAGUGGGCUGGGUGAUCCUUAGUGAUCCUUUAAAUGCGGUUAACCAUUCUGAUCCAUUUAACAUGCCCACAGAUUGGCCGUGUCUGUUACCAUUUGUGGCUCAAAGAGGCUUAAUGAAACCUUGUACUCUGAUAGUGAAAAUUAAAAAAACUUUGCCCUCUGUUAGUGUAAGGAGUAUUGCACUUUUUAUUUGUGCAAUAAACCUUUAAUUGUAAGAUUCUACUCAAACCCCGUAAAAGUUGUAUGUAAGUAGAUCUCUACAUAACUCUGAAAAAGAAUGGAAUAUUAGUCAAAUGAAACACAUAGUUAAUUUAGCUGCUGUUUAUACCUGCUUCUUUAUGAUUAUAGAUAAGCAAACCGUGUAAAUGUUGCUAUUUUUUAUUUGUUUUUACAAAUGUUAUUGUUUUGUUAAGAACAGGGAUUUUUGACUUUUUGCUAAUGGAAAUGUACUGCAGUUAGAUAUACUCUAUAUUAGAAAAGCACAGAUUCAACUCAAGUAUCAGAAUGAUUUCUGAGUCGAACGUUCCAGCAUUAGAGGAUUGGAUAUUUGGCAUAAGCAAAGAAUGUGGGAAAGCACGCAGUGUUUAGGGCACUAAAUGGAUUUAUUGCGAAAUAUUUCCAAGCAAUCUGAGAUUCUGGUGUGAAUUUAUUAAACAGAAAGUGGUGUCAGCAUUUUCAUCCUCAUACUUCAAAUGUUUCCUAUCGACACACCCAAACCUUCUUCUCCACUCAUCCCAUAUCCAUGCUGCAUAUUUCUGCACUCCCAGAGCUGUAACUUUUAAUAUAUAACUGACAGGUACCAUCCACUUAAACCUUGGGUCUGUUUGUUUUCUCCAAACAGCAGUGACAGGUCAAAGGGUUUUUGGAAUUACCUGGAAAUGUUGAGUAAUGUGUUACUCAUCAUACUGUCACGAUAUACCGUCUCUAUUCUUAGAACCCACCCUCUUCUCCCAUACCCACGGGUUGUUCAUGUGAUUUGUAUCAUAUUUGAGGUUGAGACGUACGUUAUUGGAUGUUAGUUGAAGCAAACCUCACUUUGUUGUACAACUUACAGGUGGAACGAAAGAACAACGUGCUCAGGUGCCCCCCAUGCAUGUUGGUGUCCAUAAUUAAGAUAUUUCAACUGCUCCACAUCUUUAUUCUAUCCUUUAUUCCCCAUCACACAUCCUGCUUCUCACCAUUCCUCCCCCCAACUGUAUCUUAUCACCCCAACCAGUCUCUCCCCAUUACAAUCUCUCUACAUUAUACACUCCAACCUUUCUAUCCUCAUAUCUUACCCUACCUGUCUCACUAUAUUUCUGCAUUAUUCCCCCAUCUGUCUCUUUCCUUUUCUCUGCCCUAACCUGCCUUGCCUUUUCUUUAUCCCACCUGUCUUUCCAUAUCAUUCCCCACCUGUUACUCCUCAUUUCUCUGUCCACUGUUUCUCCAUAUUUCCAGCCACAUCUCAAUUUUUCCUUCCAUCGGAGAUUGUGUGGAAGCCAUACUUAGUGGACUUUGCUAUGCACUGCAACAUUGUUCAAACUCUGAAUGUUCUCCUUACAUUGAUGUGCUGUGAGGCUAGAAAGGGAAGAAUGGAACUCUGCCUCUCAUUGCACUUAUUCCAUCCACACUGGAACAGCAAGAAUUGCAUUUAGUACAGACACCCAGAAACCAUACACAGUCAGCAGACAGACAGAAGAGGAGCAUAUGCUAUUAGCCAAUAUGCAUAUAUGCCUACGCUAUGAAUGAGUAAAGGGUAUCUAUAGCAAAUCAAAGAGUUGCCCCUCUGUUUUUGGAUAUUAUUCUCAAUACAAUUUUUACAAUUUAUGCUUAUUCAAUUGAUUUUUUUCUUUUUUCUUUCAUUAUUUCAAAUUGUUUUCAUUAAGUAUUUUUUUAUUAUUAUUUUUUUAAAAUUAAGAGAUGUAAAAGAGAAAGUAUUGUGAUUGCAAUUAAUCAAAGACAGCUAAAUAGUCUCUUGGAACUUUAUAAUAUUGGCCCAUUACUGCAAUUCCAUAGUUGUUAUAGCCUUCCUACAAAUCUUUAUGCCAUAAUUUACAUUGACAACUUAAGUACAACUGCGUGGAAUUCUUGCUGGCCUGCUCAUGAUGUCUGGCUGACUGAAUUCCUUUGGGAGACAUACAUAUCUCUGGUGCAGUUUGCAAUGCCUGUUCACAACUUAUGGAUAUUGUAGAGAAAUUACUUUUUUUUUCUGUUUGUAAAUAAAAAACAGUAGAUAAGAGUAACAUCCGCAAUGUUACAGUUCCUUAAAUAGUCAUUUCAUUCUAUCCAAGUAAGAAAUAAUUAUAAUUUUAUAAAACUGUUGCAGUAAAAUUUUAAGGGCCCGAGGGAAAAGUGUAUUAAAGAGAAGACGGAAAAAUAAAAUAUACCAUAUUAAGUUGUUUGGAAAUUUAGAUCACAUUAGUUAUCACAUGGCUAAAUUUGUGUAUUCUUUAUGCAAAUUAUUUAUUAUCCAAAGUAGUGUAAAGGGAGACUUAACAUGGAUCACAUUUUACAGAAAAUAUUUUUUUUUCCUGGUGCCUCCCCUUCAUGGGACUCAAGGUGUCUUUGCACGGCACUUAAGCCUGCUAGAGCCAAAUAGGCUCUGACCUAUCAGGAGUCCCAGUGAACUUUAGAUAUGUGCCUAUACAAAAAGGUGGUGAAGGACAAUCCUCAAUUUAUGCAUAGAGGAAGUGAUCUCAGAUCACUUAAUUCUAGCACUUGUGAAUGUGAAUCCACACUGGAGUAGAGCAGCCCGAAGCUGCUGUAGCAGCUCCUGUUCUUGACCUGUACCUAUCCAGCCAGGACCCCACUGGACCCCAGGGAAGUCACCCACACUGCUAGAUGUACACAGAAAUGCAGAAUAAGCCUCCCCUCAUACAAAUAAUACAAACAGCCCACACAUAAACACACAAUCGCACAAUCGGCACAAAAGUAACACUAACAAUCCACAUACAUGCACACAACCCCACACGCAGCCUCUCACAUGCAAUACCCCAAAACAGCCCCACACAUACACACAGUACCAAACACACAAUGUGACAUAUCCAUCCACAAACACAGUUCCACAAGCAGCCCCCAUACACAGCCCUUAUUCAUAUGUAUCAUACACAAUACCACAAACUACUCAUAUAUGCAUAAAUACAAUGCUACAAAGCAACUGCAGUAUAAAUAACACAAGCAGGAUACGGCAACAUACAAACCUCAAUUUAAAAAAAAUAGGACUGUCACGCUGCGGGGCCAUCACAAUCCUAUUUUGGCGCAGUGCUGCUAAAAGGUUGCCUACCCCUAGUUGCUAAAUUCAAAAUUAAAACACAACUAGCACUUUUUAUAUAUGGAGUUUUCAGAGAAUAAAAUUAACCUCUUGAGUAUCAGUGAUAUUUGUGGUGGUCCCUGUAGUGCUAAUAAUGUGCUUUGCAAAAGCAAACUAUUUGGGUAAAUUGUAAGGUUACCUUUAACUGUAAAACUGGGGGAGAAUAUAACCAUCCCUCCUUUCAUACCUUGCAUCAGAUGUUGUGUAACACAUAACAUCUCAGUGAAUUCCACACUCACUGGAGUAUGGAAUGUGUUAACAUUUGUACUUGUUAUUGCAUCACUAUCUCUGUAUGUAUUUUAGAUACGAUUCGUUGGCCACAAAAAAAACUGACAAGUAUUUACUUUGUUUUGGCUUAGGUUGGUUCAUCGAUGAUGUCUUCUCAAAGUGGGAACAACAGCCCUGAUAAUAAUGCACUAAAAUACACAGGUCAAGAUGGGAUGUAUUCUGCAGUCAGUCUCAGCUCAGCGUCUGAAGUUUCCGCCUCCGUCAGACAGGAUCCCUGGUGUGCUUUGGCUUUGGCUUGACAAUCUUCACAGUAAAAAUGGUCUUGGCACAAGUCUGUUUUUUUACAUUUUCACACGUCCUUGUUUGUCUUUUGCUUCUCAAAAAGAAAUGCUCGUUGGACAUUUCCAUGGACUUUCUAAAAUGUUUUGUGCCUUGAUUUUUGGAAGAGUUUUGUGAAUAAUGUUGUAUAGCUCUUCAUCUAUGCAAGAGGAAGCAAAUCUUCCAUAAUUUUAUCCUUUAAGACGAAUGGCCUUCCUUGCUCAGAUGGAAGCAAUAACUAUUGUUUAAACAAUGCCUUCGUACUCCAGCACGCAUUGAGAUAUGCUGCCUUCUAGAAGGACAUUUCACGCCAGGUGCCAAGAUUUCUCGCGACUGCCCAAGAUAUUAACAUUCUACAGCUCCCACCAGCGUAGCAGAUGAAAUCAACACUGGCACAUGGUCACAAUGGCACAUUGUCACUCCUGCCUUAAAGGAAGCCAUUGAAUUACCAUGAACUUCCACUGUUUUUACUAUUGGGUGGACUUUUGGGCAGUGUAGAUAUUUACCUACUUAAAUAACAAUACACCACCACCUGUUGGAUAGGUGCAUAAAGAACGACACAGAGAGAAUGUUGCAGACUGAACUUAUCAUGCAUUAUAACAUUGUGUUUUUAUUUUCAUCAACGUACAGAGACCUGACCUCCAUCUUUCAAAAACAGGGGCUGGCUGGUAGAUUUCUAUUUAGGACAUUAAAACACGAGAUAAAAAGCCCUAUCUAUUGUUUAUAUACCAGUAAAAGGAAACAUCUGGGUGAUUUGUUAGGUAUAUGUUAUGGAGUCCUGGGCAAGAUUAUUUCUACAAGUCCAGCUAAAAUAACACAUACAGGGUUAUACACUAACGUGAAAAUUGUCGGGAAUUCAAAGUGAAUUUAAUAUUUAAGUUCAGAGAAGCCAAACUGUAUGUAUUGCUGACUUGUAGAUUUUUUUCCAGUUUGGCUAUUUUAACCUUCAUUUUUUUUAAUUACUAUUGAAUUCAAUAUGAACCUUGACAAUUCUAAGUUCAGUGAAUAACCCCGUUAGAGAUGCUUUGGUUUUGGGGCAACUGGCCUUUUCCCUGUAUUUGCUGAAGUACUCCUGGGUUAUAGUAAUAUAAUAAUAAGUGUAAAAUAAGUCCCUGCUUAAUCCUAAAAUGAAAAUAAUUUUAAUUUAAUAUUUAUACAUGUUUUCGCUGUGAAAAAAAAUCUGCUCAUCUACACGCUCCAUUCAUUUGCACAAUUUGCGUAACAGACACUGAACCAUCAAUCAUUAGCCAUUGGGCUGCUCGCUGUUCAUUUACGAACAUAGCCUCCAUGUCUACUUAGAGCACACAAAGCACGCCUACGAAAUAAUAGUUCACCUCUGACUGUAUCUUUUAAUUGCGAAAGAAUCACAUGCAAUCACUAACACACACUGAUGCACACACACUGACCCUUCCAGGGACAUUUUCCAGAAUUGAUUUGGCAGUUUAUAGCAGUAGAUCACGUGUUUAAGCUAUAUCAUUUUUCUGAUUGCACAGACACCUUUUUCUUUUGCCCAGUACAGAAGUUCAGGAAUGGAAGAAAGGCUACUGCUCACCUAAAUCAUACAAAUGAGACAAGCCCAAGGGGACAACUGCUCUGAGGCCAGCCUGCCCCUGUUAAUCAGUGAACAACAUAGUAGGAACUUAGCUUUCAAAUAUGGUCUACCAAAGCAGGGAAUGAGGAACAGAAGUCUUUAUGUGGUACACGCUCACGAGUCUAGGAUUUCUGAUUUAAGUUCAGAAUAUGCAUCAAUCACCUUGUCCAACUUUUUUCUUUUUUGAGUUUAUACUAUUGGACUGUUUUUUUUUCAGUCUCAAUUUGCAGACAGGGUAGCAAGCAAUUCUUUUUCUUCCAUAUAUACAAUAUUUUUAUAAAGAGAAAAAAAAUGCAAUUUUUAUUGCAUUAAUCAGUGUUAAAUCAUUUACAUACGAUUUAACAACUUUUUGUAACGAAUGUAAACUUUUUAACUUAAUGGUACUUUUAAUAAUUUAAAUAAUAAUGUUGAGCUGGUAUUCUUGCAAAUUAUCCAGAUUGCGACAAACGCAUCCCAUACAUGAUUUAAAUUUGUAUUUUUUUUUCUAAGAACAAAUCUUCUCAGGAAAAUGGUCUUUCUUAUUGUGUUUUAUAGAAACAGCUAGCAGACCCCACUACCUAUUUUGCUGUUGAAAUUCAGCAGGCAAGAAACUGUAAUAGAUCUGAAAAAUGUUUAAGAUAAAUUUGUAGAUAUUCAUGAAGAUAAGCACCACAGUUCUGUGACUGACACAUUGCUUAAGUUUUAUUUUAUAUUUUUGUUUUAAUUUUGUUUUUCCUUAUUUUCCAUGGGAUGUUGUUUUGAAGGUUGCCUUAACAGAGCUUUAAAAAAUAAAAAAAAAUGUUAUUG